GCCCGUCUCGGCUUUCCAAGUCACAUGGCUUCCAUGCAGAAUGCCGGAGAUCGCGCGGAGGUCGUGUCCAAUUUGCGGAGCCAGGACGACGACUUUUCCUUUGGUGGCAAGCUCGAGUUCAGCCCAAAGUCAGGAGUGGCGAAAUCAUCUCGAGCUGCUUCAUCGAACGCAGGGCCAUCAGUGCUGGGCAAGUUCUCAGCGGAAGGGCGCGACGCUACGGAUUUGGAGAUGCAGCCUUUGACCGGAGUGGCCGACGAAGUUCCGCAGGUGGAGCGACCAAAGAAGCGGCUUUACAACGUCUGGCCCUCCCGAAACAAGUUCUUUUGUCGAGGCACAAUGAUGACAGGUGGCGAAACGGAGAUGGGAAUCACUCCGAAUUGCUCAGUUCCGAAUCUUUGCGUCUGGACUUGCAUUUUGGCGCCCUGCUCCUUGUACUUCAUUUGGGUGUUCCCGCACCUCUGGAGGGAAGGAUGCUACGCCCUGCCGCUGGCCACCCUGGCGGUCUUUCUGAUGGCCACGGGGUUCCUCCUGGCCACCUGCUGCUCGGAUCCGGGCAUCAUCCCGCGCCGCGAGGUGGUGCUUGCCACCAAGAGCGCCAAGAAGCUGGAGGAGCGGUUGGGCUAUGAUCUGCUCUGCUCCGACACGGUCCCUCUGGAUGGCAGGGGUGGCGGACGCAACUUGCCAGUUGAGCUGACAAGCCGUGGCUACAGAUGGUGUCGGACCUGCAGAAUAAUCAGGCCUCCUCGUGCGUCGCAUUGCCCGGACUGCGACAACUGCGUCAUGCGGUAUGAUCAUCACUGCCCGUUCGUCAACAAUUGUGUUGGACAGCGGAACUACCACUUCUUCUUCGGAUUUGUCACCUCUGUCUUGUGCCUGGCAAUGAUGGUGCUGCCGGUGCUGUUCUGGUUUCUCAACAGCGAGAACUUUGAGUUGGCCGUGGACGGCAUGAUCCAUGUGAGCAGCGGCGCCUUGCAGCCCGUGUUUUACGGUCUGAUUGCGUUGGGUGCUCUGAUCGGCAUCGCCACGCUGCUGUCUAGCGUCCUUUGGGUGUACCACGUAUUCCUCAUUGCCACGAAGAGGACCACCAAAGAGUUCAGGAAGAACCUCUCAAACAUUGCGGAGGAGCCGACGCUCUGUGCUUCCCGGGGUCCUCGCCUCUUUGAUCCUUGGGCCCUCGUGGAUCCGCGCGACCUCAUUCGGGUGGAUGAAGCGCCCCCGCCGAUUCCGAACAACUUCUGCUCGGACACCUGUGGCAAUUGCUUCGGUGAAGACUGAUCGAUAUGGCCGAUGUGUCGGAAAGAACAGUACGGAAAGGAAGUGGGAGCUGAAAGAGGGUUCUUGUUGAUGAGUGAGUGAAAACGUCGAACAGCCGGAACCCUUACACGUGUGUUUGCCUGAGAUGGCCUUGUGACUGUCGA